UGCACCAAUCCAAAGAGGCAGUUUCUGGAAUGCCGAUUUCACAGUUAUUUAUGGACGACCCCCUGCCCUUAGCGAACUAUGAAAGGGAAGCAAUAGCCACAUGAUCUUUUGGUAAACCAAGCUCCAACUGCCUGCAGCCAGCUCUUUACAUUCAAUUGCUUCCAUCUCAAAACCGGAGUCUUCUAUCCAAUCAGAUAUUCCAAAACACACUUCCAUCAUGAGGAAUCAAUCCAUCAUUGCUACUUGCAAACAGACCCGAUUCCAUCUCCAUGAUAAGGCAUCACAAGAGGUCGACGUGGAGGGGCUCACUAUCGCGGUUUCAUCUACCUCGAAUGAAGAACAGGUUCCGGCAUCGAAACCUAAAGGGAGAUCAAAAGCCAAGGCUGAAGCAAAGGAGCUUAUAAUUGAUGCACAUCUGCGUCUCAAAGCGGGGGUCUGCUACGGAUUGAUAGGCCGAAAUGGAACUGGAAAGUCGACACUCUUGCAAGCCAUGGCCGACAAGCUUGUGCCGGGUAUACCACAUGCCACCCGCAUCGCCAUCCUGCAGCAGACCGACUCUCCAUCACAGGACAGCCUAGAUACUGAAGGACAUCGAAACAACGACAGCAAUGGAUCUCAAAAGAAGGUGCUGGAGUAUGUCAUGAGCAGCGACCAUUAUAAGAAUGAAGUUGUUCAAAAGAUGGACCUGUUGUCCAAGAGCUUUGACUCAGACGAUCCGUUACAGCCUGUGCGGGCCAUCCGAGCUGUCCGUCAUGCAGAGGCUGAAAGAAAUCUUUUCCUGGCUCAGAAAAUGGCACAUCUGAAGAGCGGAGCAAGAGGGCUGCAAGCACGGAAGGAGUUGAAAUCUGCCGAAUCCAGGAUGGGUGUCGCUUCAGAGCUGUUGCACCAGACAAAAGAGUCAAUAGACGCAGACUUAAUCCAGGAGGACACCCAAGCUGCUCUGGAGACUUUGGAGGAUCUACAGUCUCAGUUUCAAGCCAUGAAUGUUGUCGAUACCGAGCAACAAGCCCGUCAAAUCCUCACCGGUCUCGGCUUUGACGAGGCGACGCUCAAUAAAACCUUUUCGGAAUUGUCUGGUGGCUGGCGUAUGCGGUGUAUGCUAGCCGGUAUCUUGAUACAGAAUCCAGAUAUCAUGAUUCUUGACGAGCCAACGAAUUUUCUUGAUCUUCUGGGCAUCGUCUGGUUGGAACAAUAUCUACAGCGGCUUCGCAAGUCUUCACUUACGACCUUGCUGAUCGUAUCGCACGAUAGGGACUUUUUGAAUGCUGCCUGUGAAGAGACAAUCAUCCUGCGGGAUCAAAAGCUCACUUAUUUCAAAGGGAAUCUCUCCGCGUACGAGCAGGACCAUGAGGAGCAGAAGCUGUACUGGGGCCGUAUGAAGGAAGCCCAGGACCGUCAAAUUGCACACAUGGAAGCAACCAUCCGCGACAACAUCAAACUCGGGAAGAAGACGAACGAUGACAACAAGUUGCGCAUGGCUAAGUCACGGCAGAACAAGAUUGAUAAUCGGAUGGGUAUCCAGGUGAGUGCGACUGGCGGGCGCUUCAAACUGAACCGGGAUCUUGUUGGCCAUCAUUUCACAGCGCGGGCGCAAAUUGAGGUCCCAACAGAUGAACGUGGUGCCUUGAUAGCUCUGCCGGAUGCCUCUGAGUUGCGAUUCCCCGGGCCUCUGAUAUCCUUGGAAGGGGCUGUCUUCAGCUACAACCCGCGCGAAGCUCCCGUACUGAAUAAGAUCGACCUUGUAAUGCACAUGGGGGAUCGCGUGGGCAUCCUGGGACUUAACGGAAGCGGGAAAUCAACUCUGGUGCGUGUCCUGACCGGAGAAGCCAUGGCGACACAAGGCAAGGUUACUACCCAUUCAAGGUUGAAGAUUGGAUACUACGCACAACAUUCUAUUGAGGAGCUUCAGGAACGGGGCCUGGCAGAUCCUGACCUGACUGCCUUGGCGUUGAUCGCGCGAGAGACCAAUGGCGCGCUAAGUGAAGGCGAACACAGGGGUCUGCUAUCAGCACUAGGCCUACAAGGCAGGGUAGUAUCCGAUGUUCCCAUCCAUCGACUGUCAGGGGGUCAAUUGGUUCGCCUCUCACUGGCAAGGGUCCUGUGGAACUCUCCACAAUUGCUCAUUUUGGAUGAAGUUACCACCCAUCUGGAUUUCUACACGGUUACAGCGCUUUCUUCAGCCCUCUCGAGAUUCAGUGGGGCCAUUCUGCUAAUCUCGCACGACCGUUUCUUGGUCCGAUCGGUCGUCGAGGGAAAGCAAGACCUAGAACAUAGUCUGGAUGAGAACUUUGAAGGCAUCGAGAAAGAAUCAGAGGAACAACCCGGUCGAAGACGAACGGUGUAUGUGCUGAAAGCAGGCCAGCUCAAGGAACAGGAGCGUGGCGUGGAGCAGUUCGAACAAAGCCUGGUCCGGCGGGUUCGCAAGAUGCUGUCCCCGCCCGGUUGACAUGCUGUAUCGGGCGCAUUU